AUGGGGUCUACUGGCUUCAGCUUUGACAUGGACGCCCAAACCAUCCAACGCUCCAAGGAGGAGAACCAAGAACGCGCCUUUGUGGCUGCCUCGCGACGCAAAGACCGCAGCCUCGAUGCGCGUCUGGAGUCGGCCAACCGAGCCUCCAUGCUUCACAAGAAGCGCACCGGCAAGGCUCUGCACAUCACCAAGGAGAUCGUCGAGCGAGAGGCCAUGUACGAGGAAGUCGACGAGCGAUAUCAAGAGAAACGCAUGAAACUACUCAAGGCCCAUACCACCGAGCUAGAAGCCCAGUUCCAUCGCCAUCUCAUGGCCGCCAUGGCCUAUGGUCCCAACGCCGCCGCCAACGCCAACAGCAACCGCGCCUCUUUUGGGGGUGGUCGUGUCUCUCAGGGUGGCGGCAUCCAGAAGAUGCGCAUCGACGUGCCAGCCGCUCAAUCCUUCUUUCCCGAGCGCUCACAGCAGCAGCAACAGUCGCUGUCGCCUACUACCCCGUCUUCUAUCAAACAAGACCCUACAAGCCCAACCUUUGGUAGCUCAUAUCCGUCCCCUGCCGAGUCUUAUGUCCAGACCCCGGGUAGUUACUACAUGGCCCCUACCCAGCAAUGCCCCCCAUACCUCUCUCAACAGCAAAUGUCCGCGUUUAUGCCUCAGCAUCUAAACUCCUCGCCGCCGUGGGACUCAACACAGCAGUUCCUAGCUCUGCAGCAGUCAGUGAACGCCUUGGAGACCAGUCCCGGGCAAAUGGCUUCCAUGACACAGAUGGUACCACAACCUUCUCAGCCUAUCCGGCAACGAGUCGCAUCUGUGCCAGACGUCCUGUUGUUCCAACAACAAUAUAUGACUCCAUCCGUACCGGAUGUCUCUCGGGCUCAGUCCGAACCUUUUAUUCCCGACAACCACGAAGACCAGAUGAUGCCAGUGCUGACGAAUAACAACAACAACAAUAAUAACAACAACGCGGGCCUUUCACCGCCCCCGAUGACAUCCAACUCAUCGCAGACCAGCUCUGAAGACAAACAGUCCCCCGUGUUGGGACAAGAUUCGUUUGUCCAUGUUAAUAAAGAGGCAGUCCUCGGGAUGACCGAAGUGCUGGAUACCAACUUUGACCCCGAGUACACUGACUUUUUUGAUUUCUCCACUGCUUUGGAGGACCAGUGGCAGAUGCCCAUGGCUGAUCCUUGCUACGAGGACUGGGGGCAUUUGGAGAAUGUGGACUACGAACUGGCUGUUUCUGGCAUAUGA